AUGAUGACGAACGAAACAUCCGAGUUGAUAUUAAAACCAAGUGAAACAAAUGUUCAUCAUCGUCGAAAUAAAACUAAUAAUUCAAUUUCUACUGCAUCAGAAUCUGAGAAGCCAGCUACUCGACAAUCACUUAUUUCACGGUUAACAUCAUAUUUUACAUAUAAAACAUCAAAGAAAAUUGAUACUGAUGAUAAUAAAAAAGAAUAUCAAACAAAAUCAACACAACGUCCAUGGUUAUGUAGAAAUUUAUGCUGUAAAUUAUUUUUCUUUAUUUGUUUAAGUUUUGUUAUUGUGUAUUUACGACCGGAUUAUUCCAUUUCGAUACGAAAUUCAAUAGAAAAUAUUUUAAAAAAAUAUAAUUUAACAUCUGAAGAAUUUCAACUUCGUCCUGGACAACGUUUAGCACAAUAUCGACAAGCAUCAAUGCCAAUUAUUAUUAUACCAGGUAUUAUAUCAACUGGUUUAGAAUUAUGGGAAGGAACAGAGUGUACAAAUGGAAAAUUUCGUCAUCGUUUUUGGACAUCAAUGCAAAUGGUUGAUAGCAUUGGUCGAGAUCAUCAAUGUUGGCUUAAACAUAUAUCACUUAAUCUUUCAACUUGGAAAGAUCCCGAAUCAAUUCGUCUUCGACCAGUACUUGGUUGGGCUGCAGCUGAUUAUGUAUUUCCUGGCUAUUGGUUAUGGAGUAAAGUAAUACAUAAUUUAGCUGAUAUUGGUUAUGAUCCAACAAAUUUAGUAACACUCGGUUAUGAUUGGAGAUUACCACCACAAUUUCUUGAAGAACGUGAUGGUUAUUUUACACAAUUAAAAUUUUAUACAGAAUUUCUUCGAAAAAAACAUGGUGAAAAAGUUGCAUUAUUAACACAUUCAAUGGGAGCUAAUUAUAUUUAUUAUUUUCUUCGAUGGGUUACAGAACAAGCAGGUGAUCAAUGGGUUGAUGAAAAUGUCGCAACAUUUCUUAAUGUUGGUGGACCAUUAUUAGGUACACCGAAAGCACUUAGUUCUGUUCUAUCUGGUGAAAUGAAAGAUACAGCUGUAUUAGGUGAUCUUGGUCGAAAUAUUCUUGGUAAAGUUGUUGGUAAACUUGUUGUAUUUCCAAGAUUUUUUCGUGCAUUGGGUAGUAUACCAUCAAUGUUUCCACGAGGUAGAUCAUUUUUUUU